AUGAACGCGCAUAUAGCUAUGUUUGAUUAUGGUGCAAUAGUAGCUGAGUUGAAAGUAAAACAGUUAUUUGUUCAACAGAUUUGUAAAGCUCAGAAAGCCGAUAAUGAUUUAAUUGCAAAACGGGCUCAGCGUGAUUUGAAUGUUGAUUCAGAGUUUCUAGUUGAUGCUGAGGAUUAUUUCUCAGAUUGUGAGGUUGCACGGGGUACCUAUUUCUACUAUUACGGACAGAGACCCGAGAUUCACAUCACGAUUUUGGAAGAAACUGCAAAAUGCUUUAGAUACCGAUCUGAUCCUACACAUGUGAUUAGUCCAUCAGAGAUUGAGAUUAGAUCUGAUAUGUCAUUUGAAGAACCGAUUUACAUUCUAGCUCGUGAGGUUAAAGAGUUACGAAAUAAGAAAAUUUCGUUAGUUAAAGUAUUGUGGCAUAAACACAGAGUUGAGGAAGCAACUUGGGAGCCAGAGGAUACAAUGAAAGAACGCUACCCACACCUAUUCACCGAUAAGAUUUUAGGGGACGAAAAUCCCUAA